AUGUCCUCGACCGAAUCGGAUCCAUCAACAAGUUCCACCAACCCGACCUCAUCGACCUCAGUGAACGUCGAACGUUCCCCGUCCCCUUCAACCUCGGCCUUAACGCUCUCCCUCAUUCCACUCUCCCUCUCCAGUUCACCGCAUCCGUCCACCUAUUCAAGAGACCGCGACGCCAGCGUAUCGCUCGACUGGCCCUCUUGCGACUCCCCCACGACCACGACCACGACCACGACCACGACCGGCGGCGGCGGUGAUCGAUCGCUCUCACUGGCGGCCGCAGGUUCUGACCCACCGGGCCAGUGCUGCCCGCAAAGUUCUCUCGACGUUCCUCCCCCCGUUCCAAGAUCCAGAUUGACGAGUCGGAUCAAGGUAUUGAAAGCUUUAUUAAUCGGACGGGGGAAUACGCGUCGAGGUGGAGAAGGUUCAGGCGAGGAGGGGAAUGAUGGGGACUCGGAGGUUGGGGAAAUUUUGGAUGCGUCCGAGUUGAGGGAGAGGUUGGAGAGGGUCGAGAAUGAAUUGUGUUCAUGGGUUCGUCGAGCGCGAUUGGAGUGA